AGGAGAAAACACAUUUUCUUUCCUCAAAUAAUUUACUGUGAAUUAAUCGCCAUGGCCGUGCCCAGCCUCGACCUAGAGCUCCCGCCAUUUCGGCCGGAGCUCACCAAUGUUCUUGGCCAAGCUGAUUGCACAGGCGCAUCUUUCGCCAUCUACAGCAUGACAAACAGCGUCUCCGAGGCCCGAAUUAACGAGAUCGCCGCCAUUCCACAGGGAGAAUGGGAAGAGUUUGACAUGAACACCAAGUGUAUCAAGCCGGCCGUACCUACCGCCAAUUUUGCCGGCAAGACCUUGAAGGAUAUCGUCGAUGCACAUAUUUCCAUGGACAAGGAGCUGGAACCGCGAGAAGGCGGGGCUCUGGCAGCCGGAUGGUGGCCUCACGUCUUCAUAGUGGUAGUCAACGAAAAUAUUGAGGAUCAUGGGCUACUCCUCGUGUAUGGCUUUGAGCCGCUGUCGGGUUCGGAUGAUGAGCAGGAUGAAGGGGCAAUAGGGCCUCGGGAGCCUACGAUGGGAAAAUUCUUCUUCAAGCCAGAGGACAUGUGCAAUAUCCUCAGUGGUAUCGCAUUGUCAGGAGAUGACUUAGAUUACUUACACGAAACAUAUGAUAUGGAUAGGGAGAGUGCGAGCGAGGCCGAGGACGAUGAGGUAGAGGAAGAGGAAGAUGACGAUGUCGACUAAUCACAGGCGACUAAUCACAGGGCUAUGGCGUAAUAAGAAGGUGGUUUAGGAAUCUAAUGAUCUAGAAGUAUACACAACAGAGUUUGAUGGUACGGAUUACUUAAUAUUCCGUACUUCAUAUGCUAUUAUAUCUGUAUAGUGAACAUUAAAAAUAACUUCAAGCACUUCGUAAUAUCUGAUAUUUAUGGUAGUUAAAAUAAGAUGUGGUAG